GGGGAAGUGGACAAUGUAUAGGUAUUUGCUUAACAUCUCGUAUAUUGGCACGAAUUUUCGUGGUAUUCAAAAAACUAUAAACAAAUUGGAGGAGCCGCGUUUGGAUACACACACUAUUCAAGGCUGUUUGGAGUUGGCCUUGCGCGUUUUUCGUCCCGUUAACGAUAUACAAACCGUGCUAUCGAGUCGCACAGACGCUGGUGUUCACGCCCUCCAUUCGACGGUACAUGUUGAUCUACAGCGUAAUGAUGGAAGCCCCUAUGAUACAACGAUAUUGACUGGUGUUCUGAAUAGAACGCUCGACAAGCAACGGCUGCCAAUACGCGUGUUGAGUGCACAGCGUGUGGCGGACAGCUUUCACUGCCGUUACCACGCUGUGGGACGGACCUAUUUGUACCGCUUUGCUGUGGCAAAGAAUGGUGUUGCUGAUCCAGGAAAGCUGAAAAACAAGUCAUAUGAGGCAUUUAUUCCCGUUGAGGAGAUUGAUCGUUGCUAUUUCAUGCAAAACUCCUCCUUUGACAUUGAACGUAUGCGUGCUGGAUCACGCAUGUUCUUAGGCAUUCACGAUUUUCGAACUUUUAUGAGUGUUAGCCGCCAAAAGAGUCCAAGCCGUGACCAUCCGAUGUUCACAGUUCGUAAAAUCGACCAAAUCGACAUACGUCCUGGUCGUAGUCUCGCUCUAGGACCUAAUGUAUCGUUAGCAUCGGAUAUCUACAACUACUGGGACAUUGAGAUCACAGCCAAAUCCUUCCUUUAUAAGCAGGUUCGUCGAAUUGUUGGCACGCUCCUUGCUUUAGCGACAGGUCGCAUUGACGAACGGUGCAUCUAUCAAAUGUUAACAGUGCCUUCCAAGCAAAACUGGGAUCAUCGGAUACUACUUUCGCCUGCUUGCGGGCUCUACUUAAGCAAGGUGCACUACAGAGAUACAGCUUUUGAGGCUGGAGCAACAAGUAAAAUCGAAACUAGUCACUAACCCAUUAACAAAACCGCCAAGAUGAU